AAGAGAAAAGAAAAGAAAGAACUUGUUCUUUGGUUUUUUUUUUUUUCUUUUGGAGUGUGAGGGGGAAAAAAAAAAUGAAGUGAACGGCGAGCGAGAAGGGAGAUCGGAGAGAUGAAGGCAGGGAGUGCUGCUAAGCUGAUCGUCGACGCCCUUCUGCAGCGGUUCCUCCCACUAGCACGGCGUCGCAUCGAAACCGCCCAAGCUCAGGAUGGACAGUACCUCCGACCAUCAGACCCAGCCUAUGAGCAAGUACUGGAUUCAUUGGCUAUGGUUGCUCGGCAUACGCCUAUACCUCUUCUGGAAGCUCUUCUCCGAUGGAGAGAGAGCGAAUCUCCAAAGGGUGCAAAUGAUGCAUCUACAUUUCAAAGGAAGCUUGCAGUGGAGUGUAUCUUCUGCUCUGCAUGUAUCCGGUUUGUGGAGUGCUGUCCCCAGGAGGGUCUUACAGAAAAGCUUUGGAAGGGGCUUGAGAAUUUUGUUUUUGACUGGUUGAUAAAUGCUGACAGGGUAGUAAGCCAGGUAGAAUAUCCCUCAUUGGUUGAUUUGAGAGGACUCCUUCUGGACCUGGUUGCUCAACUUUUAGGUGCCUUGUCCCGGAUCAGGUUCAGCUCAGUAACUGAGCGUUUCUUCGAUGAACUCAAGACUCGUUCAAUUGAUAGUAGUGUUGCUCGAAGUGAAACCCUCAGUAUCAUUAAUGGUAUGCGGUACCUGAAGCUCGGGGUAAAGACUGAGGGUGGAUUAAAUGCAUCAGCCUCCUUCGUGGCAAAAGCCAAUCCUCUAAAUCGAGCUCCUCAUAAACGAAAGAGUGAGCUUCAUCAUGCACUAUGUAGUAUGCUUUCCAACAUCCUGGCACCUCUCGCUGAUGGUGGAAAAAGCCAGUGGCCUCCAACAGGUGUAGAGCCUGCACUUACUUUGUGGUAUGAAGCUGUGGGCCGCAUUAGAACACACCUUAUUCAUUGGAUGGACAAACAAAGCAAACAUAUAGCAGUUGGCUAUCCUCUGGUAACUCUUCUUCUUUGUCUUGGCGAUCCUCAAACUUUCAAUAAUAGCUUGACCUCUCACAUGGAACAACUCUACAAGCUUCUCAGAGACAAAAAUCAUCGUUUUAUGGCCUUGGGCUGUCUUCAUCGAGUUAUGAGAUUUUACUUGAGUGUGUAUGCUUCUAGCCAUGCGCAAAAUCAAAGAUGGGACUACUUGGACAGUGUGACCUCGCAACUUUUGACUGCUUUAAGGAAAGGACUGCUCACUCAGGAUGUGCAGCACGAUAAACUUGUUGAAUUUUGUGUUACAAUUUCUGAGCAUAACCUUGAUUUUUCCAUGAAUCAUAUGAUUUUGGAAUUGCUUAAGCAAGAUAGUCCAAGUGAAGCCAAGGUUAUUGGUUUGCGUGCUUUGCUUUCCAUUGUCAUGGCUCCUUCAAGCAAGCAUGUUGGCCUGGAAAUAUUCAAAGGUCAUGAUAUUGGUCAUUACAUACCGAAAGUGAAGGCAGCAAUUGAAUCUAUAUUGAGAUCUUGCCAUAGAAUCUACAGUCAGGCUCUUUUUACUUCUUCAAGGACCACCAUAGAUGCUGUGACCAAGGACAAGGCUCAAGGAUCACUCUUUAGGUCAGUGUUGAAAUGCAUACCGUUUCUAAUAGAAGAAGUUGGCCGAAGUGACAAAAUCACCGAAAUAAUACCCCAACAUGGCAUAAGCAUUGAUCCUGGAGUUCGUGAAGAAGCCGUCCAAGUCCUAAACAGGAUUGUCAGAUAUCUUCCUCAUCGCCGAUAUGCAGUUAUGAGAGGGAUGGCGAACUUUGUUUUGCGGCUUCCCGAUGAGUUUCCUCUCCUCAUUCAGAAUGCAUUGGGGCGCCUCCUGGAGCUCAUGCGAUUUUGGCGAGCAUGCUUAUCUGACAGUAGACCUGAAUUUAGUAGUGAAGAUGUGAAGAAUGUGGAGAGGGAAUAUGAACGAUACAAAAAGCCUUCUUUCCUGCAGCCCACGGAGAUGAUUGAGUUUCAUGCUUCAGAGAUAGAUGCAAUUGGUCUUAUAUUUCUGAGUUCCGUAGACAGCCAAAUCAGACAUACUGCACUGGAGUUGUUACGCUGUGUCCGUGCCCUUAGGAAUGAUAUAUGGAAUUUAUCUAUGUGUGAGCAAGCAGAUGAUUGUAUUAUAAGCGAGGCCCGACCAAUUUUCAUAAUUGAUGUUCUAGAGGAACAUGGGGAUGAGAUUUUUCAGAGCUGCUACUGGGAUUCUGGCUGUCCAUUUGACUUGAGGCGUGAAUCUGAUGCCAUUCCUCCUGAUGUUACCCUACAAUCAAUUAUAUUUGAGAGCCCCGAUAAGAAUAGAUGGGCACGUUGCCUCAGUGAGCUUGUAAAAUAUGCUGCAGAGCUAUGUCCAAGCUCUGUUCAGGAAGCGAAGGUGGAGGUCAUGCAACGUCUUGCCCAUAUUACACCGGUUGAGUUAGGUGGGAAGGCUACUCAAGCACAAGACUCCGAGAAUAAACUGGAUCAGUGGCUUAUGUACGCGAUGUUUUUAUGUUCAUGUCCUCCUGAUAGCAGAGAAAUUGGGGGUUUAGCAGCAAGCAAAUCUCUUUAUCAUCUAAUAUUCUCCUCACUGAAAUCUGGAUCUGAAGCCCACACACAUGCUGCCACCAUGGCUCUUGGUCACUCGCAUCUGGAAGCAUGUGAAAUUAUGUUUGCUGAGCUUGCAUCUUUCAUUGAUGAGAUUUCUCUGGAAACAGAGGGAAAACCGAAGUGGAAGUCCCAAAAAGCUCGCCGCGAGGAGCUCCGAGCCCACAUUGCUAAUAUUUAUCGCAAAAUUGCUGAAAGCAUCUGGCCUGGAAUGUUGGCCCGUAAGCCGGCUUUCCGCCUCCAUUAUCUGAAGUUCAUUGAUGAGACAGUGAGACACAUAAGCUCCGCACCCCCCGAGUGCUUUCAUGAAAUGCAACAACUUCGUUAUGCACUGGCUUCCAUCCUAAAAACACUUGCCCCUGAAUUUGUCGAAUCUAAGUCAGAAAAGUUUGAUCUUAGAACCAGGAAGCGGCUGUUUGAUUUACUCCUCUCAUGGUGUGAUGAUGGAGGAAGCACAUGGGGUCAAGAUGGUGUGAGCGAUUAUCGCCGUGAGGUAGAACGCUACAAGUCUUCACAGCAUUCUCGGUCAAAAGAUUCUGUAGAUAAGCUCUCAUUUGACAGAGAACUGAGUGAGCAGGUUGAGGCCAUUCAGUGGGCCUCAAUGAAUGCUAUGGCUUCGCUCUUGUAUGGACCUUGCUUUGAUGACAACGCAAGGAAGAUGAGCGGGCGUGUCAUCAAUUGGAUAAAUAGUUUAUUUAUGGAGCCUGCUGCUAGGGCACCUUUUGGUUAUUCUCCUGCAGAUCCAAGAACUCCCUCUUAUUCCAAGUACGCUGGAGAAGGUGGGCGAGGAACUGCUGGUCGGAACAGAGGCGGUCAUCUCCGUGUGAGUUUGGCAAAAUUGGCUUUGAAGAAUCUUUUACUCACAAAUUUGGACCUAUUUCCUGCUUGCAUUGAUCAGUGCUACUACUCUGAUCCUGCCAUUGCCGAUGGAUACUUUAGUGUGCUAGCAGAGGUGUAUAUGCGACAGGAAAUACCAAAAUGUGAGAUUCAGAGACUUCUGAGCCUUAUCUUAUACAAAGUGGUGGACCCAAACAGGCAGAUCCGUGAUGACGCACUUCAGAUGUUGGAGACCCUUUCUGACCGCGAAUGGGCCGAGGAUGGGAUAGAUGGAUCGGGAAGCUAUCGAGCUGCUGUGGUUGGUAACCUUCCUGAUUCCUACCAGCAGUUUCAGUACAAGCUUUCGUGCAAGCUUGCAAAGGAUCACCCCGAGCUAAGCCAGCUCCUCUGCGAGGAAAUCAUGCAGAGACAACUAGAUGCAGUAGAUAUAAUUGCUCAGCAUCAGGUCCUGACCUGCAUGGCUCCAUGGAUUGAGAACCUUAAUUUUUGGAAACUCAAGGAGUCAGGUUGGAGCGAGAGGCUGCUGAAGAGCCUUUACUACGUCACCUGGAGGCACGGAGAUCAAUUCCCUGAUGAGAUUGAGAAGCUGUGGAGCACUAUUGCUAGCAAGCCCAGGAAUAUCAGUCCUGUUCUGGACUUUCUGAUAACAAAGGGCAUUGAAGAUUGCGAUUCAAAUGCUUCUGCCGAAAUAAGCGGUGCAUUUGCUACAUAUUUCUCUGUUGCUAAGCGUGUGAGCUUAUAUUUGGCACGUAUAUGCCCUCAGCGAACUAUCGAUCACUUAGUGUUUCAGCUGUCUCAGAGGAUGCUAGAGGAUAGUGUUGAGCCAGUUGUCCCAACAGCGAGUAAGGGAGAUGCAGGUGGGAAUUUCUUAUUGGAGUUCUCCCAGUGUCCGGCAGCAGCCCAGGUCACUUCUUUAGUAGAUAAUCAACCCCAUAUGUCACCAUUGCUGGUUCGGGGUACUCUCGACGGUCCACUGAGGAAUGCAAGUGGCAGUUUGAGCUGGCGGACAUCAGCUGUGACAGGGCGAAGUGUGUCGGGCCCACUGAGCCCAAUGCCUCCUGAGCUAAACAUUGUCCCUGUUACCGCAGGCCGUUCAGGUCAACUCCUUCCUGCUCUGGUCAACAUGUCUGGCCCAUUGAUGGGAGUCAGGAGCUCGACAGGAAGUAUAAGGAGCCGCCAUGUGUCUCGAGACAGUGGAGACUACCUCAUCGAUACUCCAAACUCUGGUGAAGAGGGGCAUCACUCUGGAGUCGCGGGGCAUGGAGUGAAUGCUAAAGAGCUCCGCUCAGCACUUCAAGGUCAUCAGCAGCACUCUCUCACUCAUGCGGACAUAGCAUUGAUUCUUCUAGCGGAAAUUGCAUACGAGAACGACGAGGACUUCCGGGAACACUUGCCUCUACUGUUUCACGUCACAUUCGUGUCUAUGGAUAGCUCGGAAGAUAUCGUCCUCGAACAUUGUCAACACUUGCUUGUGAACCUGCUGUACUCUCUUGCUGGGCGGCACUUGGAGCUGUACGAAGUUGAGAACAGUGACGGAGAGAACAAGCAGCAGGUUGAGAGCUUGAUUAAGUAUGUGCAGUCCAAGCGCGGGACCAUGAUGUGGGAGAACGAGGACCCCACUGUAGUCAGGACUGAGCUUCCCAGCGCAGCCCUCUUAUCUUCCCUGGUCCAGAGCAUGGUGGAUGCUAUCUUCUUCCAAGGAGAUUUACGAGAAACUUGGGGAGCUGAAGCUCUCAAAUGGGCAAUGGAAUGCACUUCGAGGCACUUGGCUUGUCGAUCUCACCAGAUAUAUAGGGCACUUCGCCCAAGUGUAACGAGUGAUACUUGUGUUUCCCUCCUCCGCUGCCUCCACAGAUGCUUAGGAAACCCUGUUCCGCCAGUCUUAGGAUUUGUUAUGGAGAUUCUCUUAACAUUACAGGUCAUGGUGGAGAAUAUGGAGCCGGAGAAGCUUAUACUUUACCCUCAGCUCUUCUGGGGCUGUGUAGCCAUGAUGCACACAGACUUUGUUCAUGUGUAUUGCCAAGUCCUUGAGCUCUUCUCCCGAGUCAUUGAUCGAUUAUCAUUCUGGGAUCGGACGACCGAGAAUGUCCUCCUCUCUAGCAUGCCCAGGGAUGAGCUUGACGUUGAGGUUGGAGAUUUUCAGAGGAUAGAAUCGAGAGGUGCCUCCGAGAUCCCAUCCUCCAUGGGAACUCUCCCGGCUUUUGAAGGUGUGCAGCCUCUGGUGCUCAAAGGGCUCAUGUCCACAGUCAGUCAUGGGGCCUCCAUCGAGGUCCUCUCAAGGAUUACUGUCCAUUCCUGUGACUCAAUCUUCGGGGACUCAGAGACAAGGCUCUUGAUGCAUAUCACAGGCUUACUCCCAUGGCUCUGCCUCCAGCUCAGCAAUGAUCCGGUCAUGGGUCCUGCCUCCCCACUCCAGCAGCAGCACCAGAAAGCUUUCUCUGUUGCAGCGAACAUAUCGAUGUGGUGCCAGGCAAAGUCUUUGGACGAUAUGGCGACUGUCUUUAUGGCCUAUUCCCGAGGUGAGAUCAAGAGUAUUGAAAACCUCCUUGCCUGUGUUUCUCCAUUAUUAUGCAACGAGUGGUUCCCGAAGCACUCAGCUCUCGCUUUUGGGCACUUGCUGAGAUUAUUGGAGAAGGGUCCCAUUGAGUAUCAGCGUGUGAUCCUAUUGCUGCUCAAGGCCCUACUUCAGCACACUCCAAUGGACGCAGCUCAGAGCCCACAUAUGUAUGCGAUUGUGUCCCAGUUAGUGGAGAGCACUCUAUGUUGGGAAGCCUUAAGCGUCUUGGAAGCCCUUUUACAGAGCUGUAGUUCAUUACCGGGCUCUCAUCCUCAUGAGCUCGCAGCCGAGAAUGGGAUUGGGCCUGAGGAGAAACUCCUGGCCCCUCAGAUGUCAUUUAAAGCUCGAAGUGGGCCACUUCAGUACCCGACGGGACUGGGAUUUAUGUUGGGCUCGGCCUCCCAAGGAGGUGCCAACGAUUCAGGAUUGGCACCUCGGGAAGUGGCUCUGAGGAAUACACGAUUGAUCCUUGGGCGGGUUCUUGAUAGCUGUGCUCUCGGACGGAGGAGGGACUACCGACGACUUGUGCCUUUCGUCACUACUAUCAGCAACCCAUGAUCAGCAUCAGGAAGUUUGUCACAUGGAGGCUGCAAGCUUGGGAUCUGAUGUCGACCCUCGUUCCCAUGGGGAGCUGCUUGUUUGAUGCUCUGGUUUUUGUUGUUGUAUAUAUGUAGCGUAUGAUUUUGUUGGACUGGGAGUGGUUAUAUAGCUUGUAAAGUAUUUAUAGCUCUGUAUUCUCAGCUUACAGAAACCCCCUACAUUUUGUGUCAUUUUGGUUUUCUGUCUGCUAUAGAAUGGAUUCAUGUGAGCUGCUAAAA